AUGUUCACACACCAGACACCCGAACCCCGUUAUCUGCUCGACCCCCAAGGAGCCUCUCCACACCUCCGCGAACAGACGACCCCCCGACAGCAGCCACUGCGGACACAGGACCCGGCUCCACACACCCCCUCCCCAAACAGCAGCGCGCAGCCUCUUCACCAGCAAUCAAGGAGUAGGGGAGGGGGCACCCAAACAGUCAACAGGAACGCAGAGGCGACGGCAAGGCUGCUCAGAGUGUCUAUGCCCCCUCUGUUGCCGCUCCCGAACUCAGGCACGGUCUCCGACUCGGCCCCCUGCGCCCGCUCAGUGGGCAGAGGGGGAGGGGAACGAAGCUGCCCGCCGCCAUUUUGCUUGUGGGCUGCCGCCCGCCGUUGCCUCUUCCAUAGAGGCUUGAAGAUAACCAACUGGAGACAGAGAGGUGGGCAGAAUCUCCGUCUUUUUCACAACAGAUGCAUUCAACAAUUCACAGAAGUCUGGCCUUCAGCGCUGGGUGAACUCGGUUUGGGUGUCACUCGACGCCCACUAGGGGCUGAGGAGGCUCCAGUGCGCAGACUCCGGGCCCCGGAUAAAAGCGGAGCUGGAGCGUCCAGCGCCGUCUCGAUGGAGGAGCGAGAAACGGAAGAGGUCGGGGGGAGAAGCAGCAGGAAAAGUACAGCCACCGUCAGCGCCGCUUUCCUGCCACCGUGUAUCGGGAGACCCGGAGCGCUUGGUAAGCCGAGUGGGGAGAGGCAGAGGCGGUCCGUGCAGCCAAUCAGUGCCUGAUGUGUUCUGUCGGGCGCGUCGUGAUUGGCCAGCGAUGACCUCAUGCUGCAGCAGCGGGAGGGGCCAGAGCCGUCGGGGGAGGCUGUUGCAAAGGCAGAGAGGGAGAAGUGACGAUGGUGAUCGUUGCUGCCGCGGCUGAUAUGGAAUCCAAGCAGUGGCGAAGAGAAUCUCAAGGCUCUUCCCUGAGUAUUUUCUCCUGUCCCUGCCCGAGGUGAGGGCCCCGGCUCGGCCUCUGCGAAACUUUGGGGCGCUGGCGCGGACGAGGAGACACAAUUCCUCCCAUGACUUUUGUAACUGCGUCAGGGCAAGAUGGCGCUGGGUCUCCUUGGGGCGCGGGGGGAGAGGCACGUCCACCGCCGCCGCAGCGCAUGUGACCGGGCUGCAUUCCUGUGGGGUUUGGCUCCAACCCAGGCUGGGGCGGGGGAGGGGAAAGGGCUUGGGCGGAGGAGACUGUGGUGCGGUCGGCGUUGGCGGCCUGAAGAGGAAGAGAUGACUGUUUGAGAGCGCUUCCCCUCCCCCAUAUAGCUUAACAGCUGCGGCUCCCGGGGGAAAGCCCCUGGAGGGACACUCGUGGGGUGUGACGGCUGUUGGUGGAGGAGAAGGUUCGGUGCCCUAUUUUCUUAUCUAACCUUUCUCCUUGCAAAGUGCUUACGUAAGGUGGCAGGUUCCUACUGUGAGAGUCGUAAUCAACUGUGAGUCCCUGAGGGCCACUGGACGGAGUAAAAAGGAGAGACUAGCUAGGCCACAACGUCAAGAAGUGUCCGUUAUUUUCUGGGAAAACGUAAAGUUUCUCAGAUUCCAGUAGAAAAAUAUUUCUUAAAUUUGGAAGCAGGUGUAAAAGGUGUAAAUAACACCCAGGAACACUUAAAAGUUACCAUCUGAAUUUUGAGGACCCUUUUCAGGUUUUCUGUACUUCUCAUAUCUUCCAUAUCUGCAUAUUCUACAGGAAUGUGUAGACUUAGUGGAUGUGGUUUUCUUUUUAAAUUUAGGAGUGAUUAGUAAUAAGAAUAAAAGCUGCUAGUGCUGUAAUUUAUAUGAAGUAAGGGUGUUUUCAAUACUUUUGUCUUUCUGUCGCCCUCUUAACUAUGGUUUUUAAAAAUAAAAGAUGAAAUCACUUUCGGUAAAUGUUAUUCAUUAAGAUUCCUGCACCAUUAUGAAGCCUACCUCUUUAAAUCACUUCUGUAGAAGUAUGGACUGACUUAAUUUUCGAAACCUUGUUAGUGACGGUCUUUAGUUGGAAAGUUUUUAAGUAGUCUAUAUUGGUAGAUUCUGUAAUAAAUACUAGUUUUGUUUUUGAUUAUUCCCACUUAAACAAGCAUAGUAGCCGUUAACUAAACUAGUGAAAAUUCAAAAGGCUUCUCGCCUUGGGUGGUGUUGAGAGCCGGGAGUUACACACAACAAAGACAUUUGCACGGAAACCUGGCUUGCUUUUUGACAGAACACACCUCGUGCCAGGAGGAAACGUUUGCUGGACCCGAAAAGAUGGGUUUAACUCUGGUCAAGGUUAUGUUAUUUCGUUUAGUGUUAGUUGUAGACUUAGUUUGAAAACAAGAUUUUCUAUUCAUUUGUUUAUACUUAAACCCUUGCUAGUUUUUGUGGCUUUUUCAAAAAGCGAAGUAACAAUAUGAACUGAAAAGCCUGUAACUAGAGUGUAAAUAUUAAGUAGUACAAAGAUUUUAGAGUUCAGAGUUUUUUUUGUGUUCGUGCAUUGUGAUUAGAAAAUGGGCAUCUUGAAUAACCUCGAGGAUUUGUCACGUGUAAGUUGUGUCUCCCUUAACUGUCAUAGCAACUUCUAUUUUGGCUCAGGAAAAAGGGAGCAAAUAUGAAGUCACGUUUUUAAGGUAAUUUUCAUAGUCUUCCUAGCUUUAUUCUGCCUUAAUAAAGAAGAGAGGCCAUUUUUCAAGCUAACAGAAACAUCCUUGUUUUUGUUUUUUUGGUCAGCAUGUCUACAUUAUUCCUAAUUGCCAAAUCUUGGGCUCUAGUUUUUCUUUUGCCACGUUCCUGUGGCGUUU